UGUUUACACCGCCGCCAUCUUGUGCCUGAUGAGGCGCAGAAAUGUGACGUAGGCACAACCGGAAACUACUUCAGAGCGUACGCGUCCGGUCUGCAGACACCUGAAGAUGGAGGUUGAGUCUGUGAGGGAGGGAGGAGAGGAAGAGGGAGGAGGAGGGGGAGAGAGGGGAGGUAUGAAGAGGAAACAUGAGGAAGAGGAGGAUGAAAAGGAUUUGUCACCCUCCAAGAAACAGGUGAUUGAUCACAGUGUGAAGGUGGCCAGUCACUACAACAGUCUACAGGAAGUCGGUCUUGCUGCUCGGAGUCGGAGCAGAAUCUUCUUCAUGAGGAACUUUAACAACUGGCUAAAGAGUGUCCUGAUUGGUGAGAUCUUGGAGCAGGUGAGAGGGACGGGUUCUCAGCAGGUCUCUGUCUUGGAUCUUGGCUGUGGGAAAGGAGGAGACCUCCUGAAGUGGAGGAGAGGCGGGAUCAGUCAUCUGGUCUGUGCAGAUAUCGCCGGAGUGUCGGUGGAGCAGUGUCAGAGUCGUUAUGAAGAAAUGAAGAAGAAAAGUCACAUUAAUGAGAAAAUCUUCAGCGCUCAGUUUAUCACUGCAGACUGUUCCAAGGAGGUUCUGUCGGAGAAACUGGACAAUGCUGAGCUGAUGUUUGACAUCUGCAGCUGUCAGUUUGUUUAUCAUUAUUCCUUUGAGAGUGAGCAGAAAGCCGACAUGAUGCUGAGAAACGCCUGCGAACGUCUGAAACCUGGAGGAUACUUCAUCGGAACGACGCCUGAUGCCUUUGAACUUGUUAAACGUCUGGAGGUGUCCGACUCUCUGUCGUUUGGUAACGAAGUUUUCAAAGUUUCCUUUCAGUCCAAAGGUUUGUAUCCUCUGUUUGGAUGUCAGUAUCACUUCAGCCUGGAGGGCGUCGUCGAUGUUCCAGAGUUCCUUGUCUACUUUCCACUGUUUGAACACAUGGCGAAGCGUUACAACAUGCGUCUGGUCCUGAGGCAGAGAUUCUCUGAGUUCUUCGAGGAGAAAGUGAAGAAGGAGCAUCAUCGCAGCCUCAUGAUGAAGAUGAUGGCUCUGGAGCCAUUUCCUUGUGAGGAUGGAGGACAACAGGCUACAGACAGCAGAGAAGAGUACAGCCAUGCUAAAGAGCACUGCAGUAGAGUCAAACUACCACUGGGCACUCUGAGCAGGUCUGAGUGGGAAGCAACCAGUGUCUACCUGGUAUUUGUCUUUCAGAAGAUGUCCUGACUCACCUGCUCACCUGUUCUUCCUCCAGCCUGUGUUUGUACAGUGUUUACCUGUUUGAAAAUCUGUUUUUGUUUAACUAUGAACUUGGGUUUGUUGAACUGAAUUAAAACUAAAUUGAAAGUCAA